AUGGAGCCUCGACUUGUAGGACCUGGGCCCUACCGAGCAACCCGACUGUGGAAUGAGACCGUUGAGCUCUUUCGGGAUGGAAUGCCCAUACGGAAGCAUCGUUGUCACUUCAAAAGCUAUGAGCGCUGCUUCACAGCUUCGGAGGCAAUAGACUGGUUGCACAGACUACUAAGGCACAAUCAGAACUUUAGCCCAGAGGUUACCCGUGCUCAAACAAUCCAGCUCCUUAAAAAGUUUCUGAAGAAUCAUGUCAUUGAAGAUAUCAAAGGAAGAUGGGGCAAAGAAGAUUUUGAGGACAAUGGCCACUUAUAUAGAUUUCCUCCUUUUUCACCGCUAAAACCAUAUCCUAAACGAUCUCCUUACCGAAAAGAAAUUAUUAAAUUUCCAAACUGGAAUGAUCUUGAAAGAGAUAGUUUCCAAGAACGCAUCCUAGUGAAACCUAUUACUUUGAAUUCAGAAAUGUGGUUCAAACGUCACAGUAUUGCAAUUGGAGAAGUGCCUACCUGCAAACUUGUACAUCGCCAGCAAUUAACAGAGGCAAAUUUAGAAGCGAUAUGGAGAUCCAUGACACUGUCCCGCUUGCAAAAAGCUUUAGGCUUGGAUUCACUGACUGACCUACUGGAUGCUAAACUUGUCAAUCCAAAGCAUAUAAUUCAGAAUGUAUAUAAUGUCAAUAAGCAAGGUGUUGUCAUUUUGGAAGAUAAAUCAAAGGAUCUUCCACACUGGGUGCUGUCGGCAAUGAAAUGUCUGGCAAAUUGGCCCAGGUGUCCUGAUUUGAGACAGCCAACUUACUCUGGGUUUGAAAGAGACGUCUUCCGAACCAUAGUAGAUUACUAUGGCCAUAUGAAGGAGCCUCUUCUCACUUUCCAGUUCUUUGAUGUCUUUGUCAGUGUACUAGGUCUCCUACAGAAUGAGAAGCUGGCCAUCGAAGCACUGCAGAUCUGCUGUCUGUUGCUUCCGCCAGCAAAUCGACGGAAACUUCAGUUGCUGAUGACUAUGAUGGCCAGGAUUAGCUCAAAUAAGGAACUGCCACCUCUCUCUGACACAGUUGCAACAAGAGCACUGAUGGUUCAAACCUUUUCUCGCUUUAUUCUUUGUUCCAAAGAUGAAGUGGACCUGAAUGAGCUACUGGCUGCUAAACUGGUGUCAUUCUUGAUGGACAAUUAUCAUGAGAUCUUAAAAAUUCCUUCUACCCUGAAAGCUGCAAUAGAGGAUCACAUAUCACAUCUUCAAAGGGUCCAGAUAAAAUAUCCAGGAGCCGAUACUGAUACAAGUUUGCCUGCCCCAUCGUUCUGUUAUCAAGUUAGCAUGGAUGAGUUUGAACACCAAAGAACAAAUGCCUUUCAAGAACCAUUGGCAAGUUUGUUGGAAGAAAUUGUGAUGAAUUCCGAAAUGUCUAUCAAAGAGAAGAAGAAAAAGCUGAAACGGUUUCAGAAAUCCUAUCCUGAUGUAUAUAAGGAGCGAUUUCCUACUCCUGAAAGUGAAGCAGCCCUAUUUCUAGAAAAGAGUAAGCAGAAACCAAUGCUGUUCACGUGGUCAUUUAAAAAGCCUUUCCAGCCAUUUCAAAGAACAAGAAGCCUUCGGAUGUAG